GUCCUCCACUUGCAGCUGCAGCUCCUCCAGCCCAAUCCAGCCCCAGACUAAGGCUGACCUACGCAAGUACGGCUCUGCGCAAGCUGGGCGCGCGAAGGAGACUCUCACAAUGUGUGGACGCUUCGCCAAUGCGCUCCCGCCAGACGUGUUUCGCAACAACAUCAUCCGCAGGUUGGCAGGGCCGCGGCAUGGAGACCGAGGGACACGGGCCAGGCGGAGAGACGAAGCUGAAGAGGGAGGCGGAUCGCGAGGUACAGGAAGGGAGCAGGAGCAGGAGCAGGAGCAGGAGCAGGAGCAGGAGCAGGAGCAGGAGCAGGAGCAGGAGCAGGAGCAGGAGCAAGAGCAAGAGCAAGAGCAGGAUCAAGAGCAGGAAGAGAGCAAAGAACAGUCCGCCGAGAUGGACGAGGACAGCGUCAAGGAGGCGCCCGGCUUUGAGCAGUACCACCCCACGCACAACGUCGCGCCCGGCAGCCGCAUGCCUGUCGUGCGCCUCGACGACUUUACAGACAGCACGGACAAGCACGAAAAGCGUCUGCUGAUCCAGUCGAUGCGGUGGGGGCUCCUUCCGCGCGCCACAAAAACGAUCCCGCGCGGCUUUGAGGCGCUUCGGACCAUCAAUGCGCGCGACGACAGCGUCCUCUCGGGUCGGUCGAUGUGGACGCCGAUCCUGCGCUCGGCCCAGCGCUGCGUCGUCUUUGUCCAGGGCUUCUACGAGUGGGAGAAGCGCGGCGUCGAUGACAGCGUCCGCAUCCCGCACUUUGUCGGCAUGAAAGACGCCGGUGAUGGCCGGCGCGACGUGCAGGGACACUCGCGGGCACUCAUGCCCAUGGCAGGCCUCUGGGAGCGGUGUCGGCUCGAGGACCAGGAAGAGGACACGUACAGCUACACGAUCAUUACGACCGAGUCGAACAAGCAGCUCGGGUUUCUGCACGAUCGCAUGCCCGUCAUCCUGCCCGACGUCGAGGCGAUCCGCAUCUGGCUCGGCCUGACAGACGCCUCGGCCGACGAGGUCUGUCGGCUGCUCAAGCCGUACGACCGGGGCCUGCUGGAUGUCUAUCCGGUCCCCAAGGAGCGCAAGGACGGCAUCGCCGCCGCCUUUGGAAGAGUCGGCAAGAAGCGCGAGCGCCACGACGAGGCCGAUGCCAACUCAGAGACGAAUGCGCCCGUGCCUCUUUCCUCAUCGUCCGAGGAGCAGCAAAAUGGGUCCAAGCAGGAGGACAAUGUCGACGACGACGGUGGAGGAGAAGGAGGAAACGGCGCCAAGGCCAAGGCUAAAGAGGAGACAGUGGAGGAAGAGGGCUCCGAGGAGCGCGACACAAAGAGGCAACGAGUCCCGUCUACCAAGUGGAGCCCCGAGCCAUUCAACCCUCCCAUGUCGCCGCCUCGUCCUAGUGGUGGCUACAGCACGAACUCGAAUGCAUCGACGACGCCCAGUAAGCGGUCGGGUGGGGGACCCUCAAGCUUGAAAAAGUCACCGGCCCAGAGCAAAGGCCUGCAGGAGGCGGCAAAGGGCACAAAGGAUAUCCGCAGCUUCUUUUCAAAGUAGAGCCAAGGAGGAACGGUGAUGUCAUUUCUGCGAUCACAGGAGUGGUGAUGAAGGUGGGGGCAGAGGCCAUGCAGUGUACGAUAGCAAUGGAAGCGCACGUGUAUUGAUAGUUUAGAAGAAGAAGUGCGAGUGCAUGCGGAAUCGACGACGGAGCAGGUCCCGGGCCUGUCGG